AUGGCACUACAAUUCACAUCUCUCAAUACAGCCAUAUGCGCUGCAGCUUUUCUUGUGCUCCUCCUCUUCCUCCGCCGUCUCCGCCGCCGCCGAUAUAACCUGCCCCCAGGCCCAAAGCCCUGGCCCGUUAUAGGCAAUCUCAAUCUAAUUGGCACCCUCCCACACCGGUCAAUCCACGCGCUUUCUGAAAAAUACGGGCCCAUCAUGCAUGUAUGGUUCGGCUCAAAUCCGGUGGUGGUGGGCUCAUCUGUGGACAUGGCAAAGGCCUUUCUCAAAACCCACGACGCAACCCUCGCUGGCCGGCCCAAGUUCUCAGCCGGCAAAUACACAGCCUACAACUACUCCGACAUAACCUGGUCCCAGUACGGCCCGUACUGGCGCCAGGCCCGUAGAAUGUGCUUAAUGGAAUUGUUCAACGCAAGACGUCUCGAAGAAUACGAAUACAUUAGAAAACAGGAGUUACAUGCUCUUCUCAAUGAACUCUUCAAUUCCCAAAACAAAACAAUUUUAUUAAAAGACCACCUUACGAAUUUGAGCCUCAACGUUAUAAGUCGCAUGGUGUUGGGGAAGAAGUACCUGGAAGAGUGCGAAAACGCCAUCGUUUCGCCUGAGGAGUUUAAAAAGAUGCUUGACGAGUUGUUCUUGCUUAAUGGAGUGUUGAACAUCGGAGACUUCAUACCUUGGAUUCAUUUCUUGGAUUUGCAGGGUUACGUAAAGAGGAUGAAGGUUUUGAGCAAGAAGUUUGAUGGGUUUAUGGAGCACGUGUUGGACGAACAUAUUGAGAGGAAGAAAGGUGUCGAGGAUUAUGUCGCAAAGGACAUGGUUGACGUUCUGCUGCAACUUGCUGAAGAUCCUACACUUGAAGUCAAGCUUGAGAGACACGGAGUCAAGGCUUUUACACAGGAUCUAAUAGCAGGUGGGACUGAGAGUUCUGCUGUGACAGUAGAAUGGGCAAUCUCUGAGCUGUUGAGAAGACCAGAGAUUUUCAAGAAGGCAACAGAGGAGCUAGACAGGGUAAUAGGAAGAGAAAGAUGGGUUGAAGAGAAGGACAUUGUGAAUUUACCUUAUGUUAAUGCCAUUGCCAAGGAAGCAAUGAGGUUGCACCCUGUGGCACCAAUGUUGGUGCCAAGAAUGGCCAGAGAGGAUUGCCAUAUUGGAGGGUAUGACAUUCCCAAAGGGACUCAAGUGCUUGUGAAUGUAUGGACUAUUGGAAGAGACCCCGCAAUUUGGGACAACCCAAAUGAAUUCCAACCUGAGAGGUUUCUAGGUAAGGAGAUUGAUGUGAAAGGGCAUGACUAUGAGUUGUUGCCAUUUGGUGCUGGGAGAAGGAUGUGCCCUGGGUACCCUCUUGGCCUUAAGGUGAUUCAAACAAGUUUGGCCAACCUCUUGCAUGGAUUUAACUGGAGACUCCCUGAGAAUGUGAAGAAAGAGGACUUGAACAUGGAUGAGAUUUUUGGGUUGUCUACGCCUAAGAAAAUCCCUCUGGAAACAGUUGUUCAGCCUAGGCUUCCACAUCAUCUUUAUUCUCUCUGA